UCGUCAUCAACCUCAUCAACCUGUAGAGUAGGAAUUAUUCGACUUUUCAUCAUUGCAUUGGUGACUCUCUGCACAACAAGUCGCAUCUUCCAAUCAUGUACCAUCUUAAAAAUUUUCUUCUAUUUUUUUUUAUUAUUAUUUCUAUUUCGGCAGUUUUUGCCGAUGACAAUGUCGCGGGAAAGUUUCAAUCGUCCGAGGUCGUCCCUGAUGUAGUGGCAAGUGCUCCAAAUAAACCAAUAGAGAUAAAAUAUCCAAGUGGCGUGGAAGUGAACUUUGGCAAUGAACUCACACCAACGGAUGUGAAAGACAUUCCCUAUGUGACCUGGGAUGCUAAUCCAGACGACUACUACACUCUCAUCAUGACGGAUCCGGAUGCACCGAGUCGAAAGGAACCCACAUUCCGCGAAUUUAAGCACUGGACCGUGGGAAACAUCCCGGGAAAUCGCGUAGCUGAAGGUGAGACAAUUGCCGAAUAUAUUGGAUCGGGCCCACCCAAGGGAACCGGUCUCCAUCGCUACGUCUUCCUCGUGUACAAACAACCAUCUGGAAAGGUCGAUUUCUCCGCGGAGCAGAAAACUUCCAACAAAAGCCGUGCUGGACGUCCAAAGUUUUCCGCGAGUAAAUUUGCUGGGAAAUACUCAUUUGAGCUAUUUGCGGGUAAUUUCUACGAGGCCCAGUACGAUGAUUACGUUCCAACACUGCACGCACAACUGUCUUCAGAGUAAAUAUUAAAUGAUUUCUUAUACAAUGAAAUUGUACAUUUAUUUGCAUUAUGUGCGAAAUAUAAAAUAAAUAAAAUUGAUUGCGAAAUUA